AUGAAGCCGUUGAUUCCCAGCCAUCUCUCCUCCCUCGUUUCCAAGAUCCGACCUUCAUUUUUACUCCAAUUUCACACUUCCAUAUCCAAAAAUCCUACACCCAUCUCGUUCCCCGAUCAUCAAACCCCAAGAAGAUCAAACACAGAUCAAAAUCUUUCAGUACGAGAAGAACACAUAGUCAACCGAACCACUAUCCUCGAAACUCUAACAUGUUACAGCAACGAUUGGAAACGCGCUAUGGAGUUCUUCAAUUGGGUUGAAUCGGAAUACGGGUUCAAACACACAACAGAAACGUAUAAUCACAUGAUUGAUAUAUUGGGUAAGUUUUUCGAAUAUGAUCUUGCAUGGCAACUGAUCGAUAAAAUGCCUGUGAGAGACCAUACUACAUUUCGUGUAAUGUUUAAGCGUUAUGUUUCCGCACACCUUGUUCAAGAAGCAAUCAGUACAUAUGAUAAGUUAGGAGAAUUUAAUUUAAAAGAUGAGACGUCGUUCUUGAAUCUUAUAGAUGCAUUGUGUGAGUAUAAACAUGUAAUCGAAGCAGAAGAGUUAUGUUUAGGUAAAGAUAAGAACUUUAAAGAAAAGAUUGCAUCUUUUGAGAUGGGUACUAAAGUGUAUAACAUGAUUCUUCGUGGGUGGUAUAAAAUGGGGUGGUGGUCUAAGUGUAGAGAAUUUUGGGGACAGAUGGAUGAGUAUGGAAUUAGUAAAAAUUUGUUUUCUUAUUCAAUUUACAUGGACAUUCAAUGCAAGAGUGGGAAGCCAUGGAAGGCUGUGAAGCUGUAUAAAGAGAUGAAGAAGAAAGGGAUUAAAUUGGAUGUGGUGGCAUACAACACUGUUAUCCGUGCAAUUGGUGUUUCAGAGGGUGUUGAUGUGGCUGUUCAUCUUGGUUGUGAGAUGCUGGAAUUAGGCUGUGAACCAAAUGUUGUAACUUACAAUACAAUCGUUAAACUUCUGUGUGAAAAUGGGAGGGUCAAGGAGGCAUAUAAGGUGCUCGAUAAAAUGUCUAAGAGAGGAUGUGCACCCAAUGUGAUCACUUAUCAUUGCAUUUUCAGGUGCUUGGAGAAGCCCAAUGAGAUUCUUGCAAUGCUUGAUAGGAUGAUUGAGAGUGGUGUAUGUCCGACUAUGGACACAUAUGUAUUGCUUAUAAGGAAAUUUGGGAGAUGGGGUUUUUUGAGACCGGUUUUUAUAGUUUGGGAGAAGAUGGAAAAUCAUGGUUUGAGUCCGAAUGAAUUUGCUUAUAAUGCUUUGAUUGAUGCUUUGGUGGAAAAGGGUAUGAUCGAUAUGGCAAGAAAGUAUGAUGAAGAGAUGUUGGCAAAAGGACUCUCAGCUAAAUUGAGACCCGAGUUAGUGAACGGAGAAAGUGAGGAUGGAUAA